AUGAAUCAUCACUUUCUCUUCUUCUUCCUUUACCUCAUUCUCUUCCUAACCCAAGAUUUUCCCGCGCUUUCUCACCGUUUCUCGCCGUCGUCACAGCAAAACUUCACCCUUUACGGCGACGCUUACAUUCGCGACAACACAAUCUCCCUCACCCAGCAACAGCCCUGUUUCCCCUCCGCCGUCUCAAAACCGUCCUGCUCCUCCGGCAUCGGCCGCGCUCUCUACACCAACCCAAUCAAGUUUCUAGAAACUUCCACCAACACAACCGCUUCCUUCUCCUGCCGCUUCUCCUUCACCAUCAUCGCCUCCCCUGCUUGCCCCUUCGGCGACGGCUUCGCCUUCUUAAUCACCUCCAACCCCGAUUCCUUCUCCUUCUCCAACGGCUUCUUGGGUCUCCCCGAUCCGUCUCUAGACCCGCACGGAUCCUUCAUCGCCGUCGAAUUCGACACACGAUUCGACCCGAUUCACGGCGACAUCAACGACAACCACAUCGGAAUCGAUAUCAAUUCCGUCUCCUCCUUCGCCUCCGUCGGCGCGGUUUCCAAAGGGAUCAAUCUCAGGAGCGGGAGAGAGACGACGGCGUGGAUCGAGUACAGCGACGUCCUCAAACUCAUCAGAGUCUGGGUUGGGUACUCGCGGGUCAAGCCCAAGUCUCCGAUUCUAGCCGCGCAGAUCGAUCUCGCCGGAAAACUCAAAGAGUACAUGCACGUCGGGUUCUCGGCUUCGAACCCCGCCGUCGCCGCCGCUGGGUCAUCUCUACACAUCAUCAACCGGUGGAAAUUCACAACCUUUACCUCAAACUCCGACUCAAUCCAAGAAGACGAUGAAGAUUGCUUCGAGGAUCAUCCUCCUCCGAGGAAAGUUCGAGACUUUAAAGUUUCGAUUGUUGGGUUAAAGAUCCCAUUUUGGAGUCUCAUUCCCGGUUUAGCUGCGAUUGUGAUUCUCACUUCGUUUAUCGCUUUCUCAUUGAUCCGAGGGAAAAUGAAGAAGAAGAAGAAGAUUGUUGAAUACGAUACGAAUCCAAGGCUUAACAAGAUCCCUGGAAGGUUGUCACUGGAUGAGAUAAAGUCUGCAACUUUAGGGUUCAACGAGAGCACAAUCGUUGGUCAAGGAGCUUCAGCGACUGUUUACAGAGGCUCGAUCCCUGAAAUCGGAUCGGUUGCUGUGAAACGGUUCGAUAGAGCUCACUGGACAGAGUGUAAUCGCAACCCUUUCACUAUAGAGUUCGCUACAAUGACGGGUUACUUGCGGCACAAGAAUCUCGUUCAGUUUCAAGGUUGGUGCAGCGAAGGAACAGAGACGGCUCUGGUGUUUGAGUACUUGCCUAAUGGAAGUUUGAGUGACUUCCUCCACAAGAAACCUUCGUCAGAAGAAGAAGUGUUGACCAUUCUCUCUUGGAAGCAGCGUGUGAACAUCAUUCUCGGGGUUGCUUCUGCGCUUACUUAUCUACACGAAGAGUGCGAGAGACAGAUCAUUCACCGAGACGUCAAGACAUGUAACAUAAUGCUUGACGCUGAGUUCAACGCAAAGUUAGGUGAUUUCGGUUUAGCUGAGGUUUAUGAGCACAGUGCGAUGAUAGAAGGACGUGACGCGACGCUACCGGCGGGUACUAUGGGUUACUUGGCGCCUGAGUACGUCUACACAGGUGUGCCUUGUGAGAAGACCGAUGUUUACAGCUUCGGUGUGGUGGUUCUUGAGGUGUGUUCGGGUCGUAGACCGGUUGGUGAUGAUGGGACGGUGCUUAUAGAGUUUAUGUGGAGUCUCUGGGAGAAAGGGAAGGUCUUGGAUGGUGCUGACGUGAUGUUGAAGGGAGAGUUUGAUGCGGAGGAGAUGGAGAGAGUGUUGAUGGUUGGGAUGGUGUGUUCGCAUCCUGAUUGUGAGAAGCGGCCAAGUGUGAAGGAUGCUGUGAGGAUUAUACGUGGGGAGGCGCCUUUGCCUGUUCUUCCGGCGAGGAGGCCGUUGUUGAGGAUCCGGUCGGUGAAGGAGGCGGAGGAGGUGAUGGUUGCCGACGGUUUUGGUGGGGAGGAGGAUCUUCCUUGGUUGACGCCUAAAUCAAGGUUUUAG